AUGGUUAGAGGCUUUAGGUCUCUUAAUCAUAGUAACUUGGUUCAACGCACAAUUGACUUGAAUUAUGCUAAUAAAAAACGUACAGGGUCUCUGAAAUGGAUAUUUGUAAAUGCCAUAUUUCUUUUAGUAUUUACCUAUGAUUUAUCAUGCAAGUGUCCAGGCUACACAUCUGUAUUCCACUACAUAGAGAUGGCUUGUGCAGUUGUGGUUGCAGCCAAUCUUAUCCAGCACCUAAUUCGGCUCUUGCCACGCCGGGCUCCACCUAUCACUCUCACCCGCAACCAACAGAGAUUAUUAGGACUCCAGCAAAGUGAUCUUGACUCAUCAUUCAUACUGUCAGAGAGCUUAGAAAGAUCAGUUAAUGAGAGUGCAGCUGAAGAUAGCUGGGUGGGGUCUGAUGCAGACUUAUCUCUUUCCCCAAGGGCCUGGUCUUCACCCACUACCAGUUCUCCUAAUCGGACUUCACCCUCUGCUACACCACCUUCAACAACACCGCCGUCAUACUCACCUACACGACCCUUUUUUGACAUAGAUAACAACAAAGAUUGUUUUAUUGCUGACAAAAAAUCUCUUGACAAAUAUCUAAAAGAGAUUGAAACCUGCACUACAACAGAGGGAGGGCGCAAUGACAACUCCUGGAGUGCAACGGCAACCACUCCCCCAUAUGCUGCUGUCACUCCAACUUACCAGCUUGCGUCAGUUGACACUGGUCGCAACACAUCUACAGAGGAAGGUGCUAUGGCAGGCGCUCCUCAGGUGUGGUGGCAGUUGGACUUGGACCCGCGUCGACUUACACAGUUCAACCUUAAUUUGCGAUUAUGGGUCCACGUGACAAUCUUAACCCGACUUUUAGAGGAGCUACGUCGCGCAGACGAGACCGUCCGUCGGGCAGGAGUGGCCCCAGCAGGAGCGCUAUUAAGUGGCCGUGUGCCCUUGGAUCGCCUUCGCAACUUGCCCGACCUAGCGCCAUUACUGCCCUUCCUCGAACCGUUCCCCGAUCAGCGCUAUCUGUUGCGACGCCUUCGCGAGCUGGCUAGUGGUGAAUGCAUGAGUGGUUACCGCUGGAACACUGGUGGCGCCGACUGGGAUGACACCAAGCCCACCGAUGCAGAACUUGUGUUGCAUUUAGUUGCCACUUACCUGGACGUUCAGGGUGGAGCCAGCGCCCGGACGGGCCCGCGCCAUGUCGAAGGUGGCUGGGGUACGGAGGAGCUGGGGAUAAGGCGAGUAAGCACUAAGCCGGCCCACUACGCCCUGUUAUUGGGCGGACAGCGUAUUGAGGUACCGCGUGGUCGUAACAAUCUUCUGCAUACGCUGCUGUGUCUUCUGGCCGCCGCAGCCAGACGGACGCCCCCAGCUCUCGCAAGGAUGCAUCUAGGUCCCGCCGGACUUAAUAUGCUUUGGAUCAUUGGACGGUGA